AUGAUGUCCCUGGGUGUCAGUAAAGGAGGUGUCAUUCCACCCACAGAUGAAGACCGCAGGAGGAUCAUCAAGCAGAUGAAGGUUCGCACCACCCUGAAAGGAGAUAAGAGCUGGAUCCACCACCAUAACUCUGACUCUGAGGAUGAGAAGAGCAGCAGCCCACUGCCUGGACGGGCUGGUGGAGGAUCCCCAGCCUCCAAAGCCACUGCUCCCCAGAGCACCAGGUCUCCUGCCUCCAAGCCUCAAUCUGGUUACCUCAUCAGAGGGGUGUUCACAAAAACCAUCGAUAAGACUUCUUCUGGGCCAGAUUCUUCAUCUUCAAAUGGAGCAAAGAAAAGCACUGCCACAAAGGGACCCAGCGUGGGACGUUCUUCUGGCUACAGGAUGACCACUGAGGACUACAAGAAACUAGCUCCAUAUAAUGUCAAGCAAAAAUCAGUGGACUUGGAUGAGGAGGAAGUGCCCUUCACUCCAGAUGAACACAAAAAGAGGACAGAAGCAGCCAACAGUGUCCUGAGGAGCACUGCCAGCAGGGAACGUGCCUAUGUCCUCUCAGCAGCCAAGAAGAGCAAUGGCAGCCCAACACAAGAAAUUCCACCCUUAUUUGCCAAGAGAAUUGAGAUAGAAGAAGAGGAAAGCCAGCAGCGGAGAAGUUCACCUGUGUCUGGGUCAUGCAGGUUGCCAUCAGAUGACAGCAGUACUAAUGGGCUGAGAAAAGCCUCCUCUGGGUCUUCCUGGAAUGAGCCAAAGCCAAAAGCAGAGUCUCCUUCCAGCCCUGACACAGGCAGUAAGAGUCAAACCAUCACUGAAACUACAGAGAGAAUCUCCAUUUCUACUGAAAUCAGAAAUGGUGAGAACAGGCAGGCCCCUGAUGGGAAACCCUCCCCUGAAGUGGUGUCACAGCAUGGGGACGGGUCAAACUUGCAGCCUGAUGCUCCUUCUCCCCCUACUGAGAGAGCCCCUCUGCACCUAGAGAACACAGACUACUCCUUUAGAAGGUCUGUCCUGGGCUAUGAGGAGAGAAGCAGCAGCCAGGAGAGCAGACACACGAGUGCUGAGGUCCCACCAUACAGCAAGCCCUACUGGAAUGAAGCAAGGUCUUCCCAAGAUUUCAAAGAGGGAAACACUCCUAGAGAAAAGGGACAUGAGAGCAGAGGGACUUCUGCUGGCUACAAACCAGAGCUGGUCCAUGAGGGGUUUUUGGACUCAAAGAACCACAGUGAGAAGGAACAAGAAUCUUCUGACCAUGAUGUCCACCCAGAGCCUCCCAGGCUGAAGGAAAACUCUGAGUAUGAUCCCAGCAUGAGCAGGUCCAGCUCUCUCCCUAGAGAAAGCACCAUCACUGCUCCAGAGACCCAACCUGCAAAGGAAUCUGACUCAUCCCAGGAAAGGAUCACUCCAGCUUAUGAAGAACAAACCCACCCCACCACAGACAGUCACCAGGAGAGCACAGCAGACUGGAGGCAAAAUGAGUCCAGCCCAGUGGCAAACAGGUCUAACUUCAGCUCAACUGAGAGUUCUCUUGGUGUGUGUGAGGCCCAGCAUCCCAUGCCAGCCUACAUGGACCGCCAUGCAUCAGCUCCCAGCCACAGGAUCCCAUCCUAUGUGGACAGCCAAGUGUUCAGCACCAGAAGCCACGACUCCCUUCCCAGAGACACCACCAUGUCCUUUGGCCAGAGAAGCCACAGGGUGCCGUUCUACAUGGACAGCUUAAACUAUAACAGCAGCAGGCUUCUUUCAAGCUCAAGUGAGAAGAUUUGUGGUCCAGCUGUCACCUUGCAGCACAACAGCCCCAUGACCUCUGGGUACCAGCUUGACUCCAGCACUGCCGGAAGAGGGGUCCUCUUUGUGAAGCAGUACCUGAACAGCAGUGGCUCCUCGGCCUCCCCACGCUAUGGCAGCAGCCUCGUGGAUUUGACCGAUCUGGAGAGAUCAGCCUACAGCCACCACAGCUACCUGUCCAGUGCUCCCCUGCAGAGGCCCAGUGACCCUGUCUGCACCUACUGCAGCCGUGAGAUCCGGGACUGUCCCAAGAUCAUCAUAGAGCAUCUGAACAUCUACUGCCACGAGUACUGCUUCAGGUGUGGAAUUUGCCACAAAGCAAUGGGAGAUCUCCUGGAUAAAAUAUUCAUCCACCGGGACAUUGUCCACUGUGACAAGUGCUAUGAGAAGCUCUUCUAG